AUGUUUGAUACCGGUACAACUGCAAUCUGUGAUACUCUGUACUCUGUGAUACUUGACUUGUUGACGGCCCGUGACCGCAAGGCCAUUUUCGGCGAACACAUGUAUAUGGGUGUCACGCCAGUUCUCUUUCUCUCUCCCCAGAUGCUACAUUUCCCGUCAUCCUCACAAUAUCUCCCUCGCCGAACAGACAGCUUAAAUGCAACCCAACAACGUGCCUCAUCAAAGUCUAUCAAUGGAAAUCAGGACAAUAACGACAAGGAAGCGCUGUUACUGAAAAUUGAGGAAGACUUACACGAUGCUAGGCGAGUAGAGGCCCAUGGGCAGGAGGAUGAUCUACGGAUGGCAUUGGGAAUGGUAAUCAAGCGAGUAGGAGAGUUGACCUCCAUACUCACAGAAGCCCUCAAAACCCAAGCCGACCUCGAAGUUCAACUCAACGUAGCAAAAUCCAACCUGAAACUCGUUAUUUCGAAUAACGAAAUGCUGGAAGAAGCCCUCCGCUCUUCUUCACAUAACCCAAAGGACGUCGGCUGGCGUAGAUCCGCGCAGACACCAACCACCACUGGAUCCGGAUCCGUUUCGAUUCCUCCUUCACCUCUACCACAUCCUGCUAGUGGUCCUACUUCACCUACUCCAUCUUCACCCGAGAGUCCUAGAGUGAGCAUGUCCUCUAGUACGAACCCAUACUUCACUUCAACAACCCCUGCACCUACGACCCCUCUAUCUGCUACUGCCGCACCUUCGUCUGAAUCGAGGUUUUUCAAAUUUAGAUUCAGCAGUAGUAGUAGUAAUCUGUCGCAGCAGCAGCACAAUAACGGCGGUGCUGCUACCCCUACUUCACCUCACCCCCACCCUCACGGAGGUGUACACCCGCACUCCCCAUACCAACCCCAUCCGCACUCCCACCCGCAUCCGCAUCCGCAUCCACAUCCACACUCCCCAUACCAUCCACAUCACGCACACACAGCAUCUUCCUCAAUGUCCUCACUACACAGUACUACCUCCUCCCACCACAACCACCAAGUGGAAGACCUCGAAAAAGACGUCUCAUCUCUCAAAACUCAACUCGAAAAAGAAAAAGCAGCACACCAAAAAGCUCUCUCUGAUAAAUCCCAACUCGAAGAAGAGCUCGAGAGUUUGAGCCAGGCGUUGUUUGAAGAAGCGAAUAAGAUGGUUAAGACGGAGAGGAUGAAGAGGGCGGAGACGGAGGAUGAGCUUAAGGAGGUUAGGGAGCAGAAACAGGCUUUGCAGUCUGCUUUGAAGGUUGUUGAGAGGGAGGUGGUGGUGUUGAGAGGAGAUUCUGGUUCUGGUGUUGGGGGCGGUGGUGGGUUGGAGUUACCGGUACCGGCGGCGUUGGAUUUGGAGAGUACGCCUCGACCUAGGCUUCCGUCGUCGUCAUCGUCGUCUACGACGGAGCUGGAGUUGAACUCAGAAGAGCGAGAUGGUGUGUUGGAUAACUCGAGUGCGUUUGGGGUGGUGAAGAGAUUGAGGUCGGAUUCUGAAAUGGGGGUCAAGUCGAGGCCAGGUUCGCCGGUCUCUCGGGAAGAAGAGGCGGAGUGCAAUGACGAUGGCGAUACAACGGUGGUGUUGACAGUACCCCAACAAGAUGGUUCUGAUACGCUAUUGACUUCUCCGACACCUUCAACAUCGUCCGAGUCUUCCUCUUCGUCAUCGUAUACAGUCACGCCAGGGUUGACACCUGGACCUUCUAGUGCCACCUUCCCACCUUCUUCCUCUUCCUCUCCAUCUCUCACUACCACCCCAGCCGCCGCCACUACCGAUACACCCUCGCUAUCGCCUGUAACCCUCAAUGCCAAACCCAACGCAAACAUAACGGCCAAAUCCUCUCCAUUUGGAGAAGACCCAGAACCAUCUCCAUGGGCGGAUGCUCGUUCGAUUCCGUAUAUCUUUUCCUCUGUCUCGAUCUAGCCGUUCCUGGGGUUUAUGGGUUAUAGAAUUAUUUUUUUCCCCUCCCUUCCUUCCUUCCUCUUUUCCCUUUCUCGCUUACAUGAGUUUUUAAUUAAUCGUUUAUGAGUUUCUCGGUUUGUCGAUAUUUCUAUUUCUCGGGGAUUACACCCCCUCUAUAUCUCAUCUCGAGGGCUAUCCUCUCGCUCCUAACGCGCACAUAGACAUUUUAUUUUUCCCCCCUUGUUUCUUUUUUGCUAUCAAUGUCAACUCGCUAUCGAUUGCAUCGACUGUUUCAAAAGAACGCAUUGACUAUAUAGCACAGUCCAUACAAACAACCACGCU